UUAUUCUGGUUCGCUUGAAAUGGUUUGCGUUGGGAUAGGCCAGAACAGCCACCCAAAAAGGCGUUGUGCCACUAUGGGGAAAUACCGAACCGAACCGAGAAUUAAAACGGUUUGGGUUUAGUUUUCAGUCAAAGUAAAUGUUAGAAAUUCGCCGGAAAGUCGAUGCAAGUGGAAAUUAUCGCAUAUUAGGGAUUAAAUGUGGACGUUGACGUCGAGCCGUGCGUAAUGAGCAGAGUUGGAAAAAGAAGGUGUUGAGCUGCAUUUUUUUUUUCUCUCUCUGCCAGGGACAACUUGGUUCGGAGUACUGCUUAAACUAGGAGCUGAUACGAAGAAAAAUAAUGCCCAUGAAGGUCUCCACUUUCCGGCAUGACAGGCUGGGCCCGGGGCUCUGAGGACGCUUCAGAGGAUCCGUGCACGACCCACGACUGAGGAUUGAGAGGAAUACGUUGUCUGAGCAGAAUGACUCAGCAAGAGGGGGGACCCCCAGAUAGCAAGUGAAGAGAAGUGAGAAUGGGUGCCAAUGGAUCCAGCUAUCCACACUCAUGCUCCCCACGCAUAGGGGGAAAUGCACAGACACAGCAGACUUUUAUAGGGACAUCAUCCUACUCUCAGCAGGGAUAUGGCUGGGAGUCUAAGCUAUACAGCCUGGAGCACGGCCAUGAGAGGCCCACAGACAGGAAGAAGAAGAGCCUUGGCCUGGCAACACUUAAACGCAGGUUCAUCAAAAGGAGGAAGUCCAGCCGCUCAGCAGAUCAUGCACGGCAGAUGCGGGAGCUUUUGUCAGGGUGGGAUGUCCGUGACACAAACGCUCUGGUGGAGGAAUACGAGGGCACCGCAGCCCUCAAGGAGCUGAGCUUCCAGGCCAGCCUGGCACGUGCUGAGGCACCCAGCUUGCAGAGGGAUCUGGCUGCCCUUUACCAGCAUAAGUACUGCACUGAUGUGGACCUCAUCUUCCAAGGUACUUGCUUCCCAGCUCACCGGGCUAUCCUGGCUGCCCGCUGCCCCUUUUUCAAGACUCUGCUUUCCUCCUCCCCUGGCUAUGGAGCAGAGGUUCUCAUGGACAUUGAGACAGCAGGCAUUGAUGUGCCCAUGUUCUCUGCCCUGCUUCACUACCUGUACACUGGGGAGUUUGGGGUGGGCGGAGCAGAAGAUACCAGGCUACAGAAUGUGGAUGUGCUGGUGCAACUCAGUGAGGAGUUUGGUACACCCAACUCAUUGGAGGCUGAUAUGAAGGGCCUGUUUGACUAUAUGUGUUACUAUGAUGCUCUGCUCAGCUUUUCUUCAGACUCUGAGAUGAUAGAAAGCUGUAAUGAGCGAGGAGCUGUGGCUGCAGCACCAACUGGGGGCUCGGGAGGCAGCGGGUGCCCCGGAACCCCAGAUGAAGACCUUAGGGCUCAUAAAGCUAUCCUCUCUGCACGUUCUCCUUUCUUUAGGAACCUUUUGCAGAGACGCAUUCGCACAGGCGAGGAAAUGACGGAGCGCACAUUGCAGACUCCCACCCGCAUAGUUCUGGAUGAGUCCAUCAUCCCACGGAAAUAUGUACAGGUUAUUCUCCAUUGCAUGUACACUGAUGUGGUGGAGCUUGGGCUGGUCUUGCGAGGUAGCCCCUCAGCGGGCAGCCUCGGAGAGGUACAGGCCCUUGUGUCUGGGGGCCGCGGAGCCAGCACACGCACCGAGGAGGCCAUGGAGCUGUAUCAUAUCGCCCUUUUCUUGGAGUUCAGUAUGCUGGCUCAAGGCUGCGAGGACAUUGUUGUGGAAAGUCUGUCCCUUGACUCACUCGUCCCCAUCUUGAAGUGGAGCUCUCAGCCGUACGGCUCCAAGUGGGUCCACAGACAGGCCAUGCACUUCCUCUGCGAGGAGUUCAGUCAGGUUGUCACCUCAGAUGUUCUCUACGAGCUUAGCAAGGAGCACCUUCUCAGUGCUAUUCAGUCUGACUACCUACAGGCGAGUGAACAGGACAUUCUCAAGUAUGUUGUUAAGUGGGGCGAACAGCAGCUUAUUAAGAGGAUGGCAGACAGGGAGCCCAACCUGUUGAGCGGCACAGCCCACAGCGUAAACAAGAGGGGGGUGAAACGGAGAGACUUGGAUGUGGAGGAGCUGAAGGAGAUCCUGUCUCCCCUCCUGCCCUUCAUCAGAACUGAGCACAUCUUACCUCCCAACAGUGACGUCCUAGCUGACGCGCUUAAAAGGGGUUUGAUAAGCACCCCUCCCUCAGACAUGCUGCCCACAGCUGAGGGAGGAAAAGCCAAUGCCUGGUUAAGGCAGAAGAACGCUGGCAUCUAUGUGCGCCCACGCCUCUUUUCUCCUUACGUGGAAGAGGCUAAGUCUGUGCUCGAUGAAAUGAUGGUGGAGCAGACAGACCUGGUGCGUUUGCGAUUAGUGCGCAUGUCCAACGUCCCAGACACACUCUACAUGGUGAACAAUGCUGUGCCUCAGUGCUGUCACAUGAUCAGUCACCAGCAAAUGGCGAGCAACUCAACCACAGCUCCAUCGGUCGUGGCGAAUGAGAUUCCAGUGCCUCAGCUGUCGGUGGUAAAGGAGAUGAUCCGAAGGCUCCAGGAACUGAGACACACGGAGCAGGUCCAGAGAGCUUAUGCCCUCAACUGUGGUGAAGGUGCCACUGUCAGCUAUGAGUUGCAGCUGCGGGUGUUGAGGGAGUUUGGCCUGGCAGACGGAGCCACUGAGCUACUGCAGAACCCAUAUAAGUUCUUCCCUGAUGAACGGUUUGGAGAUGAGAGUCCAAUUCUGGCUCUGCGCCAGGUGGGUCGGUGUCGGGUAAACAGCAGCCCAGCCAUGGAUAGCAUGUUCACAGAGCUGGAAGGGGUAGCGGGCUUCCACCCUCCUCUGCCUCCUCCACCUCCCCCAUACCACCCUCCUGCCACACCCAGCCAUGCUCAGCUCAAGGGUGCCUGGCGACCUCGCGUGCCCAUGCCGACCCCCACCCGUUCCUUCUCCUACCCCUGCAACCGCACCCUGAUUCAGCGCCAUGCAGCCACCAAGCAUGGCAGCUCAGACUACUCCUCUGUACCCAGGCCCCAGCCCCCCGACUGCACCAACCCACAGGCUAUGGGCCGAGCAUUGCUUUCAGACCGUCAAGCGAUGAGCAUGGAGCCUGUUAUAAGGGAGUUCAUGCCUGACAUUGCACUUGGUGUCUCGGUCAUGUCCCUGAGGGAGCAGCACAUGGCAGAAAUGGACAGGGAAGGCUCUCACAGCCCAAUGGGCCCCUCAGGCCACCAUCUGCCCCAUGGGCCCUGCCCUUCGAUCCGUCUCAGCCAUGGCCAUGGUCCUGGACAUGGCCACUCCUGCAAGAGACACGCUCCUGAACCCAAGCUGGAGGCUCAAGCCGAGUUUCCUGACCUGUAUGACUUCUCCUGUCGACCUGCUACCCCGACCUCCGCUCACCCUUUGCCCUCCUUUGCAGGACCAGACCUCUACAGUCACAGCUGUAACUCCUCUGGCUCUUACCCCCCCCCAUACAUUUCUGACUCUCAGUCCCAGGGCCACCUGCAGGGACGGACUGCCCCAGACCCACUACGUCUAGAUGUCCUCAGUAUGACCUCCCAGAAGCAUGAUGGAGUCCUUGCCAGCCCCUCUGGGGCCCAGCCUAGAAUGGGACACAUCCAAAGGGGGCGAUCAAAUGAGACGGACCUGACUCAUGGUUUAGGACAUUUACGGUCGCCCAGUGGAAACAUGGACAGCUAUGAGGAGAGGCAUACAGGACCUAGAGAUGCCCCCGAGGAGAUGGUUCUAUCUGGAGAAUCAUCAGGCCUGGGGCCACUCCAGCAGCCUCAUAGGAACAGUGUUAGCGAGGAGAUCACCAGAGACCGCAGGUCACCCAGCAAGCCUGACUACCCUUAUAAGAAAUCUGCACUUUAACCUCAGUUAAGGAGGGGGUUGAGUUAAGAAAAGGGAAAGCGCGAUGAGUGGCUAUCCAUAACAGUGGAUGGCAAAGCACUAAAUGUGUGCCUGUGUGUGUGUGUGUGUGUGUGUGUGUGUGUGUGUGUGUGUGUGUGUGUGUGUCUGAGAGGAGCAGGAAAAAGGGGUGGUCUAUGGUUGCUAUUUAUAGAAUCUGUCCUUUUGUCCUACCUCUAUCACACUGUGCUAUCCAUCACACAGUCAGAGUAUGGAAAGAGAAGAGCUGUAGGUUAAUUGUUGGUGCUUGUAAUUGAUCUCUACAAGCCUGCCUAGUCCUGCUGGUUUAGAGGUUGGCUCGGGCUCUGCUGGGAUGGAUUGGUCUCUUUAGUUUGAUUGUUAACAUAGAGGUUAGCUCUAUACUGUGUGAAUGCCGCAUGAGUUCACAACACUAGAUGUAGCUCAGUUAUGAACUGGUGAUUUAACAAAGACUGUAUUCAUAGGUUCUGUUAUCUCUUGGUUAUGUUCAGCGUAUAAUGGGGAGAUGACAGGAUAGGAAUCUCAGUUUACACAAGUGAACAAUGACACUCAGUGUGGGACAGAGUAUUGUGAUAAAAUAAUAUGUAAAUUUGUCUGACUCAAUUAUUUUCUUCCCAUGAUUUGUAUUCCCAUUUCCUCCUGUAGCAUGCCUAUAGCAACCCAUCUGACUAGUUUCCCCCUCCUGGUUCUGCAGUAAUGAGUAAAGGGCCAAGGCUUGGACACACAAAGCAGGAAUUGGAUCUGACAGGAAGUAGGUCAUCACAGCUCAUCAUUCUCAUGUAACCCAGUCUGAUAAUUGUGUCAGGUUUUAACUAUCACGGCCUCAGAAUGUCUAGCCUAGAGGCAGAAACCUGGUGUUUUCAGACAGGGAGGGGGGCAGGUAUUGCAGGAAGGUUCAUUACUGAGAUACAGUAGGAAAUAUAGAGGCUGUGGCAACUGACAUACAGUGAUCAUGUACUGGGGGUUUGUUUUCUGUUUCGUUUUUUUCCACAGAUGGAACAGGUGUGUGUGCAUGUGUCUGUGUGCGAGGAUAACUUUGAUAUACACAAGUGUUUAGACAAUCUCAGUACUGUACACUCCCAUCUUUAGUCAGGUCUGUUUGUACAUAUCAGAGAGUCUGAGAGUGGCUGUGUGCUAGAGUUCCCUCCUCUGUUUAAUCCAAUAGCAUCAAAUAAUCAAAUCUUAAAGCCUUAAUCAGUGCUUGGAAUAUUAAGUUUUAGCUACGUUUAUUCAAUUAAGUAUGAUGUCAUUUUAUCGCAACCCCUGUUAAUUGCUUAUUUGACUGUUCUGUUCACUACGGGCACAUUCACUGCAAUUUUUCUGGCUGGUAGAGGUGUGGAUUUCACUGAACCCAAAUGCUAAAACCGCGUAUCUACAUCAGGCCUCAGUCUCACCCCCUCAUGGGAAAUCGUAGACCUUCAUAGCCAGGGUCGAUACUGUUAAAGAGUCGCAGCAGAGUCAGAACCCUGCAAGUGCACAUAUAAAAGCCUGUUACAGCUAAUAGCUGGAAUGCAACCUCAUCAUUGCACUGUAGGUGCCACCUGCUUAUAAGCUGAAGGGAAAAGGAACAUGAAUUUCGAACAAAAGGAAUCUCGUAUUGAAGAGAAGCUUGCAAUCGCUGGCUCACACUUUCCAAUGGAAAUUGUAUAUAAUUAAUUGAUUUCCACGUGUUCUGAUGAAUUUCUAACGGUUUCUAUCACAUUUUAGUGGUUGUUGAAGGUUUGUGUUUUUACUGUAGUGGACAACACUGUGUACUUGUCUUUGUCAUGAAAUCUCACAAAGAAUGUGUGGUAUAAAACAAACAUUGUGUCUCAGAAUCUGUUUUGUUCUUAAAUGUUAUGCAUUCAGGCAGUUUGUUCAGUGUUGUAGGUGGUGUGGAUUACCAUGUUUGUAGAGAUGUUUUUCCCAACUAUUUUCCUUUUACUUUUAAAGUAACAGGAAUAUGUAGAGGAUCUGAAGACAUUAGCUCUCAGCUUAGCAGUGAUGAAGUUGCCAAGCAGAAAAAUCAUUUUCCAUCUGGGUUGCUUCAUGGGGAAAAAAUGCAAAACUCCAGAUUCCUCCCCAUGUUCAUGUUGGGUAGUUGUUUUAUUUUCCAGGACAAUGUUCCAUUGAAUAAAAGCCCUUGUUUUGCUCUUUGCUGUAGAGAAGUCAGUGCCUUCCCCCGCCUGCGGCUGGGCUUUUAUUGGAGAAGUGACUUUGAUGUCUAUGCAAGCUCUUUUCUACCAGCUUACCAGCCUGCAUCAAAUAAUUCUCUGAAAUCUCAUGUAGCUCGUUUUGUGUACAUAGUGUUAUCUUAGCACCUUUUUGAAAUUGAACCAUCUGAAAUGUGUUGUGAUUAUAACAGGUACAUUGUACUUGAAUGGUAUCAUAGAAAACAUGUUUGUAGAUUGAUAUUAAGUUGCAUUUAGUUUCACUGAAUCUAUUUUUCUACUGUCACCUCAAAAGGUGCAUAACAGUGGUCAACUUGGGCAUCCUCAAAAUAAACUGGUUUGAUAUUAUGGAAAUCA